AUGGUUAUGACGCUGCUGUGCGUUUUGGAUGGGCAGAAAGGGGAAACCCCUAAUAGCAGUCGAGCAGCUGAGCAGCAGCCCUCCCACCCAUCUUCGAUCGCCUUCAUCCCUCCUCUCCAGCAUCCUUCUCCAGCAUUGCAAGUUUGCAGCAGGGGGAUUCGUCGCCAACUGCGCCACAUCCUCGUCGCCAGUCUCCAGAAUCGCCAGUCGUCAUUAGUUUCGCCGUCAGUCUCCGCAUCACCAAUCGCGCCUCGUCCUCGCCAUCGGUCUCCAGCAUCGCCAAUCGUGACUCGUCCUCGCCCUCGUUCUCCAGCAUCGCUCGCCGCAGUUCUCAGCCGACGGUGGGAAGAUCUCUGGACUAGGGUUUCCAUUCUCGACCUCGACAGCCGCGUGGUUUACGAGUCCCUGAACGAAGAGGAGGAGCUAGAACCUGCUUCAGAAGCAGUUUUAGAGAGGAGAGAAUCGGAGUUCUGCCGCUUCGUUGACAAGGUACUGGGACAGCACAAGAAUCUCAAUUCUCUUACUCAUUUCAUUGCUGUGUGA